AUGGCCACCCAAAUGCAAGAUCCGCCUUCAAACCCUAUCCCUAAUCCCAAUGCCAUGGCGACUACGUCGCCGUUUAUCCGCGGUGGUGGGAACGGUGGUUCUGACAAUCCGGUCUUCGGUUCCGGUUCCGGUUCCGGCGCCGGGGAGUCCCAUUCUCACCAUCGAAGGGCACAGUCGGAGGCCAGUUACCGGCUGCCGGAUGACAUUAUGGACCUAUCUCCGUCGGAUCCGUUCAACGGCGGAUCCUCGACGGCGAGCCUGGAGGAGAUCGGAUCCGAGGACGACCUGUUCUCCACCUACAUUGACGUUGAGAAGCUCGGAGCAGUCGGAGGAGGGACGAACGGAUCGGGUCGCGGCGGAAACGGAUCGGAUCAGAGCGGUUACGGUAACGGCGCCGGCACGAGCGGUCAGAACGACGGAGAGAAGAGCUCGAGCGCCACCAUGGCGAGGUCGAGGCACAGGCACAGUAGCUCCGUCGACGGUUCAACGUCGACGAGCAUGUUUGGAGAGAUCAUGGAAGCCAAAAAAGCCAUGCCUCCCGAUAAGCUCGCUGAGCUAUGGUCGAUUGAUCCAAAGCGUGCCAAGAGAAUCCUCGCAAAUAGGCAAUCUGCUGCACGUUCAAAAGAGAGAAAGGCCCGCUAUAUACAAGAACUUGAGCGCAAAGUUCAGACCCUUCAGACUGAAGCCACAACUCUCUCUGCCCAACUGACACUGUACCAGAGGGACACAACUGGUCUGAAUACAGAAAAUACUGAGCUUAAGCUCCGUCUCCAAGCCAUGGAGCAACAGGCACAGCUUCGCGAUGCUCUUAAUGAUGCAUUGAUGAAGGAAGUUGAGAGGCUUAAGAUUGCUACUGGGGACAUAAUGAACCACUCCGAGUCUUUUAAUCUGGGAAUGCACCAGAUGCCAUUUGCAGGGUCAAAUUUCUUUCCAAUCCCACCACAUUCAGGUCCUUCUGGUCACCAAAACAUACAGUUGCCUCCAUUUAGUCACUCCCCAUCUAGCAUGCCAACUCAUCAGCUGCAACAAACAAAUACUCUCCAAAUGUCAGAUAUAUUGCAGAAUGACCAGCUUGGUCGUUUGCAGGGACUUGACAUUAGUAGCAAAGGAUCAACCCUCGUGAAGUCUGAAGGUCCCUCAAUAUCUGCUAGUGAGAGCAGCACCACAUUUUGAAUUUGACCGAAACUGCUUGACCUGCUGACUUAUCCAGUGCAUUCCCUUCUCUUCAAUUGUUUUUAGUGUUGACAUGUAGUCAUCUAGUGAAGGUAAUCUGCUUCACUAAAUAUUCCAUUCACAUUAAGGAUUAAUUCUUAAUUGUUUAUUCUUAGGGAUGCUCCCCAAAAAGGUGAAGCACCCUUGGUGUUUUGUUGCAAAAGUUCACCCAAUCAUAUGUCGAAGCAUGGCAUUUUGAUAUUUGUGGAUUUUAGAAUAUUGGGAAUGAAAGGUCAUUCUC